CCUACCAUGAUGUAGAAGAUGAGACCUUCUGUGUGCAGUAUGCUUGGGCGCCGUAAGAUAGUGUUCCAAAGAGCGAAGCUGGAGUGGCGAAGAGAGGUAUUUAAGAGCAAGUGAACCCGCAGGCGCUCUUACAUUCUCAUGAAGUGGGGAUUGUGUAUGCUGCAAGGCUGAAACAACAUGCUAGCCCGAAAGCUUUGUACCUUGUAUUGUCAACAACUACGGAAGGCUGAAGCCACACAUCGUUUCUCAAAUAUGUCACCAGUCAUGUUUAGCCAUUGUUCCACAAGGACUCUCCUACACGCUGUCAAUGCUGCAAGGCCUGGCGGAACUUUUGAAUCUCAUUGCCAGCGCAGCCUUCGGCGGAUUGGGUUCCGCCGGAAAGAAAGAAUAGAUGGGCGAAGAGCGAAGUCUACGAGAGUGUUCUGCACCCGCUGAAUCACUUUAAAUCACCUAUCUCUUAUUGUGCACGAUGCUAUACUCCCUCCCUUUCGUAAAAUGCUACCAGCUCUGCAGUGAUCUCGACGAUACAGCAACCCCGAGCAAAGUGAAACCCACCACAACACUACCGGGUCAUCCGUACAUCAAACUCGACACUCCUUCUAUCCUGAGAAGCUUCCUCGAGAAGGAGCUUUAUGCGAGGGAUCUCGAGGCCAUUGCGCCGUAUCUCUGGGUGAUGUCGACUCAGUCCAGUUCCAACAUCAAUCCGUUGCAUCGACAAAAAGUCAAAGGUCGUGAGAUUGUCGUUACGGAGGAUCCUCGCCUACAUCUGGUAUGGAUCCACGACCGAAUCUUUAUUAAGCCUCUGCCUCGUUAUCUUCUUUCGUACGCAUUUUGGGACUUGUUCCUUUCCGGCAAAUCCACUGAACUCGGUGACCUCUGCGCUGUCUUAAGAUCGGCAGCCCUGGGAUACUUACGGACGUACCGGUAUUUGAUCCAACAUGAAACCGACUUCUUCAUUGCCCAACAAGAGCACCUACGUCUGGUCCCGAAAGAUGUGGACUGGCCAAGAUUCUGUGACUUCAUAUCGGAGCUCGACCGCGUCCGGGACGUUGAUGUCUCUGGUCGAUAUUGCUACGGCGAGAUCCGCCUUUCUCGGCUCAACUUCUACGCUCCCUUCUUGCUCCGGAGGUUCUACUAUGAACAAGUCCACGGCCAAUAUAGCGACAUCUUUGGAAGAUUUUAUGGCCCGGUUCUCUUUGUCUUCGCGGUAGUUACUACCCUCCUGAACUCCAUGCAGGUGGGUAUGGCCGUUGAGCAGGUGUCCAGCGAACACUGGGUGGCUUUUUGGACCACCUCUCGCUGGUUCAGCAUCCUGAGCCUGACUGGGACAGCACUCAUUGCGCUAGCCUUUAUCCUUUUGUGGAUGUUUAUAUUCAUUGAUGAAUGGAUUUACGCCAUCAAGUGCUUGAGAAAGAGAAGACGAGAAGAAGUAUGCUGCACAUGACGGGACAACAAAUCGUUCGUUACGCUCACUUCUAACAAGAAAUCUGUACAGAGUUAUUCGGAUGGUUAUCUUAUCGCCAGUCGUCUUAGCUCAAUUGGGAGAGCGCCAGACUGAAGCCCAACUUCUGUCC